AUGGACGAUAUUCAACAACUUUCACGCAGUAGAGCAGCCCACAAGGGUAAACUUACCCAAUUUACCAAUUUUAUCGACAACUUGUCAACACCACUCAAUGCAGAUGGUGUUAUAAACCUUGAAUUACGUAUCGAAAAUAUAAUAGCAACUUAUGAUAAGUUUGAUUCAAUUCAAACCGAAUUAGAAAGCCUGUCCGAGGACACCGAUAGUCAAAUCCUCGAACGUGCCAAAUUCGGGGAACCAUACUUCGAGAGCCUAGCCAGAGCCAAAGGGCUGGUUAAGGCUUUUAGUAACGAACAUAUUACACCUGAAGCCAAACCAUCUCAUAGUGAAUGCAUUGACUAA